AUGUCAUUGGUUGUAAGUGAAAAUGGAUUUUCCUAUGAUUCAAAUUUACCAAAGGCAAUUGUGAUGUAUCGAUAUGAAGCUACCGAGGAUGAAGAGAUCUCAUUGGAGGAGGGUUGCUAUAUCGAUAUUGUAGAGGAGGCAUCCGAUGGCUGGUGGAGAGGAUUCACCAUCUCAAAGGAUCGUAAAGAGGGAAUAUUUCCAUUCAACUACGUGAGAAAACUUUCGAAAAAUGAAACUGAAACUUGGAAGCAGAAAAUGUUGAACAUUAACACAACAGGAGGAGCAUCAACAACAAAUAGCAUAUUAAAUAAUAUAAAAAAUAAUAGUAAUAAUAUAGAUCAAGCCCAACAAUCUACGUUGAGAGAUAGUUCCACAUCGAAUUCAUCGUCAUCGACAUUGUCAGUGAAUCACAAUCAAAAUCAAUCAGAGUCGACCACCAGUCUACCGGGACUGGAACCAACAGAGACACAUUAUAUUGCAUCAUUGAGUGAUCCAAUCGAGAAAGAACAACAACAACAACCAAAUAAUAAUCAACAACAACAGCAACAACAGCCACAGCUUUCAUAUGCACAAAAAAGAUUGACAUCACUUCCACCAGUACCACCACAACCAACACCGUUACAAAUACCACAACAACAAUCAUCAUCACCUUCAUCAUCGACAACAUCAAUAAAUUCAUCUUCACCAACUUCACCAACUUCACCACAAUCGACUUCACAAUCAUCCUUUGAAAAUUCACCCAUUCCAUCAUUACCAACACCACCACAAAAUUUAGUAACCAUCAAGCUUGACGAUGUAUCGAAAGAAGGAUAUUUAACAAAGAAAGGACAUAUUAGAAGAAAUUGGAAUGUAAGAUGGUUCAGAUUGAAGAGAAACGUUUUGACAUACACAAAGAGUCCCAGUGAAUCUAAAGUGAGUGGAGAGCUUAUUUUAACACCCGAUACUCAAGUCGAUAUAGCAACCUCUAUGAAGCGUACCAAUUGCUUCCAAAUUAGAAUACCGAAUCACAUGAACACAAAGAGUGAAUUAAUUUUAGCAUGCUCUGCAAAUUCACCAACCGACAUGGAAGAAUGGAUCAAUGCUAUUAAUCAAGCAAAAUUAGUUAAACUAUCAAUUUAUCGACAACAACAACAACAUAUUAUAAUUAUAAUCAUUCUUUUAUUCUUUUAUUCAAUAUCAUCGAUUUUGAAAGGUUUUAUUUAA